CGAUACCUCAGCUCCAGUAGCGAGAGGGGCGAACUGUGAAGGAGAUGUCGGGAAGCCAUCUAUGGAGGAGGGCACAACUGUAUACUGCACCGUGGCUAGGAGGCGCCGGGGGGAUGCAAGACGCCCGGGGGGGACUGAGCACAACGCUGGCGGGAAAGGUCGGCGUAGUGGCGGUCGAGGGCGGAGGUGUAAGGGCUCCGCGAGGAGGUAUGACCGUCCUGGCGGCAGCGCAAACACCCACGCCAGCCCAAAAUGGCCGCUCGCUCCUCAGUGGAAAGGACAUCGUGAGGAGGGACAAAGCCCUGAGGGAGGUCCUGCUGAGGGACCUCGGGGGGCGACGAGCCAGCGUGACCGGAGCGGUUGCGUGCCCGGGAAAGGGCGGAGAAGAUGAGCUGGAGGCUCUCAGCCAUAGGGUGAGUAGAGUCCUCCAGGUGGUAGAGGACAGCCUCGCCGAGGUCGAGGUCGUCGCUAUGGUCACCCUCCGGCGACAGCGGGGCAACAACGUCCUGCUCACCAUACUCGAGCGAGCUGAGGCGGCGCGAGAAGUGGCGGCCCUGCUGCGCGGAACGGCGGGGACGGCUGUGGAAAGGGGAGCAGCACUGGGAAGUGCCGUGAGAGGAGGAGGGGGUGUAGCGAGUACGCUGAGGCUGGGAGGAGGAAGCGGGGUGAAGACGGGCCCGCAUCCGCUGAUGGGUCUUGGCGACCUCAUAGGCCUCCGGGGCCGAUGUGAACUCGUACCGCCAUAACUCGGAGCGGUACUCAAGGGGAAGGUUGGCCAAGAAACG